GAUAUGUUAAGAAUGAUAAAUGAUUUUAUAUCUUGUUGAUAAUCUUUUAAAAAAUUUCUAACAAAUAUAUAAAGAAACAACAAGAAAUAAAAUCACAUCAUAGUAGCGAGGAAAAGAAUACGAUACGAGUAUUGUACGUCUUUACAUCGAAAAUGAAAGUAAUAUUAGGAGUAUUUGUAGCAAUAUUUGCUACAAUUUUCGUUUCCGCCGAAAUACCAACUAAAUGUCCGGAAGUAAAUGGAGAAGAUGUCGUUCUACUUCCGAAUCCAGAUGAUUGCUCAACUUUCUAUGAAUGCAACGAAGGAGUUCCAUUCUUAAUGGAAUGCAGUCCAGGACUUGAGUACAAUCCUGAACUAAGAGUGUGCGAUUAUCCAAAUCCCAAUGCAACUUGCAUACAUCGUCCUGAAAGUUCCACAAAAAAUCCUGAUUCUCAACAUCGGCCCUCAAGCUCAUCACCACGACCAUCAUCCAGUUCGAAACCACCACGACCAUCAUCCACUCCGAAACCACCACGACCAUCAUCCAGUCCGAAACCACCACGACCAUGCCGUCCAUCAAAACCACGUCCAUGCAGACCAUCACGUCCAUCAAAACCAUGCAGACCAUCACGUCCAUCAAAACCAUGCAGUCCAUCCCCCUCUGUACCACCAUUCUAUCCUAGCUCAUAUUUUUCUCCUAAUUGGUGGCCUCUUCCACGAGAAUAUUAUGAAAACAUAUUAAAUGAAGAAUAUGAAAAUGAAGAAUAUGAAAAUGAAGAAUAUGAUUAUGAUUCAGAUGAAGAGUAAUCUUGGCACAACUUGUUAAUGUUAUAUUGAAAUUGAAAUUAAUCUACAAUAUAUUAAAUGUAUUGUAAUUGAUAAUAUAAAAUGUAUUAAUUAAAUGUAAUAAAAAUUAAAUUGCAAAUUAUAAA